AUGGCAGGACCAAAAGACGCGGCGAUACCGAGCUGGCAGCAGACGGCUUCAGACAACAGCAGCACAGCCGCGAGCUCAGCAGCAGCGACGGAGAGCAGAGAGACGCUUCUCGAGCAGGCCAGACGGUUUCUGCAGGAUGAGUCUAUAUCCGAAGCGUCGACAGAUAAGAAAAUUGCCUUCCUUGAGUCCAAAGGGCUGUCAAACGACGAGAUACAUACCCUGCUCGGCAUAUCCAGAAACACCCAGGCCACCGCCAGCACCAGCAACGACACUGGCAACAACAGCUCGACAGAAGAAUCAGAGUCGCAGUCUAAGAAAGAGACGACCGGAGAAGCGUCGAGUCAACCGACGCAGUCUCCGGCGGCAACUUCGCCUGCACCAACACCGACAGCAUCAUCGAACAAAGAUGUACCUCCAAUCAUAACCUAUCCCGAAUUCCUCCUACGGCAAUCGAAGCCACCACUUAUCACUUUCCAGAACUUCCUAUAUACGCUAUAUGCCACGACUGGUGUUGCAGCCAGCAUCUGCGGUGCAAGCGAGUACCUCGCUAAGCCGAUGCUGGAAUCUUUAAACUGUGCUCGACAUGAGUUCUCCGAGACAGUACAGGGGAAUCUCAAGGCGUUAAACGAGAAGCUUGAAGGCAGUGUGUCAAAGGUACCAGCGUCAUCAACGGCACGGCCAAUGGGGAUAUCAAUUGAUAACGAAAGCGAGGAUGAUAACGAGUCCGUUACAUCUGAUCCCACAGAGUUGUUUCAUCGGGAUAUAGCCACACAAACGACAGAUCUCGAGCUUUCUACUCCCUCGCAGACAGCUGUAGGAACAGAAACGCAAACAGUAUCAUCUCAAAGCGUGAUUGAAGAGCACCAUUCUCGUUUGCAGUCUCUGUCUUCAAGCCUAGAUAGUGUCGUCACUGCCGAAAAGUACAGUGAUAGUACACAGGGCUAUGCAAAAGAUCGACUAUCAGAAUUACAGACCUACCUUGAUAGUCUGACAUAUAGCGCACCGUUAUAUCUGACCUCCUCGUUAUAUGGGUCGUAUGACGACUCCGCUGAUGCGAAGAAGGCGGCAAAUGGUGAGGACGAGGCUAUUGCAGCUUUCAAGGCGGAGAUCAGAAGUGUCAAGGGGACCUUGUUGAGCGCGAGGAACUUUCCGUCUGGUAGCGGUGGGUUGAGGCGGUGA